ACCGGUGACACCCAGCCGGGGUCAGGCGAGACAGGGAAGGGAGCGAGGUAGCAACGAGUGGAUGCAGCCGAUGCGUGCGUACGAGUGUCGACGUCGAGGAUGCUCACUGGUGUCGAUGGUGGCGAGUGAGACGGCCGAGUAUGGUCCGAGGUGAAAACGAGAAGGUCAGGUCGAAAAUCUCGGCUCCGUCACGUGGCUGGGGCCGUUGUGCCCGGAUUAGGAUUGGGGUGGAAGGAGUGGCUGGUGGAGUUGGGCGGAUACGCCCGGGCCCAGAGAUCGCAAUGGCUGUGAAAUGCACACCGAUAGAGAGAAUCAUCGUCGUCAUCACCACCAUCAUACCACGGCUGCGUAUCCCAAGUCUGUCGUCACUCCUUUGCUACAACACCACCAUGUCGCUCUCCAACAAGCUCUCCAUCACCGAUGUCGACCUCAAGGGCAAGAAGGUCCUGAUCAGGGUCGACUUCAACGUCCCCAUGGAUGGAGACAAGGUUACCAACCCCCAGCGUAUCCAGGCCGCCAUUCCCACCAUCAAGUACGCCAUCGAGCAGCAGGCCAAGGCUGUCAUCCUGAUGUCUCACCUUGGCAGGCCAGAUGGAAAGCCCGUAGCCAAGUACAGCUUGAAGCCAGUCACUGCAAAGGUCUCUGAGCUGCUCGGCAAGGACGUCAAGUUCCUCCCUGACUGCGUUGGCUCCGAGACUGAGAAGGCCGUCGCUGGCGCUUCCGAUGGCGAGAUCUUCCUGCUGGAGAACCUGCGAUACCACAUCGAGGAGGAAGGCAAGGGCACCAACGAGAAGGGAGAGAAGGUCAAGGCCGACAAGUCUGCCGUGGAGGCCUUCCGUGCCAGCCUUACCAAGCUGGCAGACGUCUACAUCAACGACGCCUUCGGAACCGCACACCGAGCUCACUCUUCCAUGGUCGGUGUUCAGCUGCAGGAGCGAGCCAGUGGAUUCCUGAUGAAGAAGGAGCUCGAAUUCUUUGCUCGCGCUCUUGAGAACCCCGACCGUCCUUUCCUGUCUAUCCUCGGCGGUGCCAAGGUCUCUGACAAGAUUCAGCUCAUCGAGAAUGUCCUCGACAAGGUCAACAUCCUGAUCAUCUGUGGUGGAAUGGCCUUCACCUUCAAGAAGACUCUAGAGAACGUCAACAUCGGAAACUCGCUCUUCGACGAUGCAGGUGCCAAGAAGGUCGCCGAGCUCGUGGAGAAGGCAAAGAAGAACAAUGUCGAGCUGGUGCUCCCCGUAGACUACGUCACCGCAGACAAGUUUGACAAGGCAGCUCAGGUCGGUGAGGCUACCGACGAGAGCGGUAUCCCCGAUGGCUGGAUGGGACUCGAUGCCGGACCAAAGUCGCGCAAGCUCUUUGCCGACGCCAUUGGCAAGGCCAAGCUGAUCCUUUGGAACGGCCCUGCUGGUGUCUUUGAGUUUGAGAACUUUGCCGGUGGGUCAAAGGCCAUGCUCGACGCAUGUCUCGAGGCAGAAAAGAAGGGAGCUACCGUCAUCGUUGGUGGAGGAGACACAGCUACCGUCGUUGCCAACUACGGAGCCGAGGAUGGAAUCUCCCACUGCUCAACGGGUGGAGGAGCCUCGGUGGAGCUCCUGGAGGGCAAGGAGCUGCCUGGUGUCACUGCUCUGUCUGAGAAGAAAUGAAGGGCGCAGGGCGAGGAGGGGAAUACUCGUCCCAAGCUGUAGGCUUGUAGAGCCAUUACAAAGCACGAUGUAAAGAUGCGAUAGCAAUAUAGACUGAGACUCGAAGAAGUGAAUGUGAUGAGCAAGC